AAAUGGAUCUUGCAGGUUGCACAGCAAACACCAACAACCGUGACAGAGAAUGAAGCAACCGAGGUAACCAAGAUUGAGGAAACUACCCCAGAACAACCAGCUACCCGGGUUACUACCACCGAAGAACCAAAGGAAGAAACCACCAAAGAAGCAAAAGAGGAAGAAGCCCCAGUUGAGACUAAUGAGGCAACAGAAGUGAUAGAGGAAGUGAAGCCUGAGGUAGAAGAGAACCCAGCACCAGAGAGAACAGAAGAAGAAGAAGUGAAAGAGGAGACUAAAGAAACCGAAUCAGCACCAGUGGAGGAACAGAAGCAAGAGGAGAACAAACCAGCUGAAACCGUUGAGGAAACCAAAACAGAACAAGUUUCUGUUGAGAAGACUGAAGCUUAAGCCCAUGGAUACGAUAUUAUUGAAGUAGAUGAAGUUUCUUGCAUUUUU